UAAUAAUAAACCCACUCUCAUCUGUAACACUUUCUGUUCAAAACUUAAACCCUAAUUUCUCACUCUGUCACCGUUUCUCAAAAACCCUAAAACUAAUUUCCCAUUCAUUCAUUCAUUCAAUCAUGCCCCCAAAUAAGAGCCGCAAGAACAAACCUACUCGCGACCCUUUUUUCGAUGAAGAUUCCACUAAACGCCGCAAAGUCGCCGAUGACGACGAGAUUGAUAGCGAUUCCGACGAAGAUGGUUUCCUUGAUUCCAAAGAUGAACCUGAAUAUGAAUCCGAAGAGGAAACUGCUGCUGAAACGAAGAAGAGAAUUGCUCAUGAGUAUUUGCAGAAGUAUCGUGAGAGUGUAAAGAAAGAGAAGGAGCAACGGGAUGAAGAGGAAGAUGAUGAUGAAGAUGAUGAUAGUGAAGAUGAUGAGGGAGUAAGAGAUUCACUUGUAGCUCAGAGGUUGAUUAAGGAGCAGCAAGAGGAGAGUGGUCGCAUUAGAAAAGCCAUUGCUUCAAGGGUGGAAUUGGGCGGUGAUGGUGGAUUUGAGAGUUUAGUGAAGCAUAAGCAAUGUGUUACUGCGGUGGCUUUAUCUGAGGAUGAUUCGAAGGGGUUUUCGGCUUCGAAAGAUGGAAGCAUUGUGCAGUGGGAUGUUGAAAGUGGUAAAUGUGAGAGGUAUAAGUGGCCUAGUGAUUCAGUUCUCAAGUCUCAUGGAUUGAAGGAUCCACAGGGUUCUGCAAAAAAGCAAAGUAGACAUAUAUUGACUUUGGCUGCGAGUUCCGAUGGGCGUUAUUUGGUAUCUGGGGGCCUUGAUCGCCAUGUUCAUGUUUGGGAUACUCGCUCUAGGGAACAUAUUCAGGCAUUUCCUGGUCAUAGAGGGCCUGUUUCUUCUCUGGCAUUUAGGGAUGGAACUACUGAGCUAUUUUCUGGUUCGUUUGAUCGGACAGUUAAGAUAUGGAAUGUUGAAGACAGAACUUACAUGAACACUCUGUUUGGUCACCAAAGUGAAGUAUUAAGUAUUGAUUGUUUACGCAAAGAAAGGGUACUAUCUGCCGGACGUGAUCGUAGUAUGCAGUUGUUUAAGGUUCACGAAGAGUCACGUCUUGUAUUUCGUGCUCCUGCAUCUUCCUUAGAAUGCUGCUGUUUUGUUAAUAAUGAAGAGUUUUUGUCUGGUUCGGAUGAUGGAAGCAUUGAGCUUUGGGGUGUAAUAAGAAAGAAGCCUAUUCACAUUUUGAGGAAUGCUCAUGCUUUAGUGACAGAUAGCAAGAAACCUGACCAAAAUGAUAGUGAAAUACUCCCCAACGGUAACCUAGAAAAUGGUUACCACCAUCCCGAAAAUCAUCAUUGUUCGUCAGUACAAUCUUGGGUCAGUGCAGUCACCGUUUGUAGGAACAGUGACCUUGCUGCAUCUGGUGCCGGUAAUGGUUUUGUUAGAUUAUGGGCAAUUGAAAACGAGACCAAAGACAUUAAAUCUCUUCAUAAUGUACCAUUGGUUGGGUUUGUGAAUUCUUUGGCUUUUGCAAAAUCAGCACGAUUUCUAGUUGCUGGAGUUGGCCAGGAACCUCGUCUCGGAAGGUGGGGACAAAUACGCGAAGCUCGGAAUGGAGUUUCAAUUCUUCCACUCAAUUUGUUAUGAGAUGUGAGGUGUAUUGUACCUCCUCAAUUUUGACUGUAAUUUCAAAUGCAACAUUGAGUUGAAAGAUCUCUCCAGUCGUGAUCUUAAUUAUAUGUAUCCAUUAGAUUUGUUAUUAUCAUUAUAAGUGCUCAAUUGUUUAAGAAAUUUAGAUCCUCAAAUACGGUUCCUACUUUGAAAAGCCUCAAUGGCUCGGGCUGAA